AUGGCUCCUAAAGUCGCAAUCGUCUUUUACUCCAUGUACGGCCACAUCAAGGCCCUCGCCGAAGCCGAGAAGGCUGGCCUGUCCAAGGCCGGCAUCGAGGCCGACAUCUUCCAAGUCGCCGAGACGCUGCCCGAAGAAGUUCUCACCAAGAUGCACGCUCCUCCCAAGUCUGAGUACCCCGUCAUCACCCCCGAGAUCCUCGCGACCUACGAUGCCUUCCUCUUCGGCAUCCCGACCCGAUACGGCAACUUCCCCGCCCAGUGGAAGUCCUUCUGGGACGCCACCGGCGGCCUGUGGGCAAGCGGUGGUCUCUGGGGCAAGUAUGCCGGGGUCUUCAUCUCCUCCGCGUCUCCUGGCGGUGGACAGGAGAGCACUGCCAUCGCCACCCUCUCCACCUUCACCCACCACGGCAUCAUCUACGUUCCUCUCGGCUACAAGCACAGCUUCGGCCAGCUCACCAACAUCUCGGAAGUCCGGGGCGGGUCGCCCUGGGGAGCCGGCACCUUCGCGGGUGGCGACGGGAUGCGUUCCCCCUCCGCCCUCGAGCUGGAAGUCGCCACCAUCCAGGGCCAGCAGUUCGGCGAGACCAUCAAGAAAGCCGCGGAAGCUGCAACCGGAAACAGCAACGGAGACGCAGCAGCAGCAGCGACGACGACAUCACCUAAUCAAAAUACCCAGGCGAGCGCGAACCCCAGUGCGAAUCAGGAGAUAUCUACAGUGGAGGAGGGCAAAGACAAAGAGGGACCCUGCAGCUUGCCUUCCAAAUGCACCAUCUCGUAA